CUUAUAUUAUUGCGUGCAACCAGGUGCUGUGCAGUCUGUUAUUCUUCAGUCAGAGUUGCAUCGUGUUGAGUUACUAGGCUAUUACCUGGCAUCUGAGUUCCUGAGGGUCCCCUCUCAUCAUCACUUACUUCUCCUCACUGGAGAAUCUUGCUGAUCAUAUCUAAAUGGAAGCGAGAGCUUGACUGGAUCACUCUCCUGUACUGGAUAGGAUCAUAGGAACAGGAUACACACAAGUGGUAAACAACGGCUUGGUCUUUCCAAGCAUAUGACUCUGCGCCGUAGGGUAUUGAAAUCCACCUAACUGUUUCCUGUGGGUAGUUGGCUACUUGGCUUUGAUGGUUCACACACACGUGUCACACCAGGAAAACAACAUACCUUUCAGCCUUAUGUCAUCUGCGUUAUCUGCUUUCAGGAGGUUGAUAUCCAACCCAUGUAAUGGACGGUUGAAUCGGCAUGUCUUGCCAACUCUCGUGCACCCCCUUAGUUAUUGCUUCCACAAUAAUGCUCUAACGUGCAGCAUGAUGCACUGCAUGCAAAUCAAUUCCAAGGGAACAAAGAAGCAGAUGGAGGAAAAAGUUGAUCUUGCCAAGAAAAGAGACAGAACACAGAAGCAGUUGUCAUGCGAUGAAAACCAUGGCACAUUUGGUAGCAUCUUGACACGCAGUUGCUUGGUGGAGCAACCUAUGACCAUUAGCUGUUAAUUUCCCUCCCUCUCAAGUAAUCUCUCCCUG